AUGAAGCGGCUUGUCUGUCGCGUUUCUCCCAUCGUCGCAGGGAAGAGGCUGUGGGGAACGAGACACUUCUCCAGUAAUAAGGAUGCUGCGCUAAAUCAAAAGGAGCUGCAGCAACUUGUUAAGGUAUUUGAAGAUAACCCCAAGCUUUUGAUUGAUUUGGUUGGAAGGCUAGAUGCACAGAGCAGACGGCGUUUGCUUGUUGCCGGUGGGGCCAUGGAGUGGUUUGGUAAGGAGAGUGCCGCGUCAGAGGUGGAGCGGGCGGAUGUCGACAAGGACCUCAGCAUCUCCCCCAAAGACUUUUGA